AUGGAUUUCGCACCCUAUCAAGCUUCCCCAGAAGAAACUCGGGCUCUCUCUCCACCACCACGUACUUCUACCUCUUCUCCCCGUCAAAGUAUUUCGCCUAUUCGUAGGUCCUUCAGUCCCGGAGUUCGCAGUCCAGCAUUUCUGCAAAGUACUAGUAAUGCUGCGGCGAAAAAUGGAAAUUUCGCUCCAAGUACUACUCCAAAUCCAUGGGCGCAGCGAGAACGAGAGAGAGAUGGAUAUUUUCCGACUGUGAAUACUGGAGACGGGUAUCAGGACGUAGAGAGCGGGAGGAUUGGAGGGGGAUAUAAUGUUGGGGGAAGUGUAAGUGGAGGUGCGGGGUAUGGUGGGGGAAGUAGAGAUGGAUUACAUGAGUUUGAAACGAGUCUCCCGUUGCGCUUGGAUUAUGAGGCUUGUUUGGCUUAUCUGCUUUUGCCGCCUGCUGGGGGUGUAUUGCUUUUGGUUCUGGAGAGGAAGAGUGAUUACGUGAGGUUUCACGCUUGGCAGUCCGCUUUGCUGUUUACGGCCAUGUUUGUUGUACAUUUGAUGUUUUCCUGGAGCCCAUCCAUGUCAUGGUUAUUGCUCCUAGGAGACAUCAGUUUAAUAAUCUGGCUAACUAGGAGAGCAUAUCUAGAUGCGGAUACUCUAGACCGAUGCGAAGUCCCAAUUUUUGGAAGACUGGCUAGUAGUAUACUAGACGACGAGUAAGAACGAUGAGUGAAGACGAUAAUCGAGGACGACGAAUUUAUGCGCGAAGUUACGAUACCAUUUUUUUCUGGGGCCAUUUUUGCUUCAUAUUUCAUAGUUAGCACGAGAUACCCUUUGCCCUUGUUGUACAACUCUAUUUUUGUGUCAUCUUCGGAGCGCAUACGGGAUGGAAAUACUUAAGGAUAUUUAUGUACAUCCUUGCUUAAUAUCUAAUUCACAAGCUUGAUGAUCUGAUUUGGAGUCUUUUCGGUGAGUUCGAAUAUGUGUUAUAAGGCUAUACUACGUGUGAGGUUAAGCUACAUCAUCACGGUGGAGAACUUGUAAUUGGAAUUAUAUUAAAUCAAAAACUGGUUAUUCAUAAAUAUAUUCUUUAAAUGGGUCAAGGAAUCUUUCAACUCAAUGAAAGCUCAUAUAUUUGGACCAUCCUGAUCCUUAUAACAAAUUAUUCCCACCUAUCUUUUUUUCUCAUGCCUUUA